GUCGGAAAACGCUGGCUUCGCCCUUAUGAAUUUUAAUCAUGCUCUGAUUCACAGCCACAAAGGAAAUUCUGCUGCUGCUUCGAAAACUUCAUAACAGCUUUGACUAAAACACAAGUGGCUUGUGGCUGCGGUGUCCAGUAGGAGAAUGGGCAUUUUGAAGGGCAGAUCCGCCGCAGUCGUGCUGUUCUCGCUGCUCCGCCUGUGCGCAACUGUGAGCGGUACCGCAGUUGCGUGCGCAGACAUCGCGGUGGACGUGCAGACGGCGGUGCGACCGCUGAGGCACUUCUGGAGGAGCACCGGCUUCUGCCCUCCACUUCCUCAUACCCAAGCUGACCAAUAUGACCUGAGCAGAGAUGAGCAGUUAAACCUUGCCUAUGUGAGCUCUGUGCCCCAUGGCGGCUUGGAGCAGGUUCGAAUCCACUGGCUGCUAGAGCUGGUAACAGCACAGGUUGUUGAAGGAGUGCCUCGUUACAAUUUCACAAAUCUCGACCAGCUGAUUGAACUUCUUUGGCAGAACGGUCUUCGUCCUGGCUUUGAAUUGAUGGGCAGUGUUUCCAACUACUUUACGGAUUUCGAGGAGAAGCAGCAGGUUGCGGAAUGGCGGAACCUAGUGUAUCUCGCUGCUAGAAGGUAUAUUGAGAAAUAUGGCCUGGACUAUGUCUCCCAGUGGAACUUUGAAACAUGGAAUGAGCCAAACAAUCAUGAUUUUGACAAUAUCACCAUGUCAAUCCAAGGGUUCCUGAAUUACUAUGACGCUUGCUCCGAGGGUCUUAGGGAUGCCAGCCCCACCUUGCGAUUUGGGGGCCCAGGGGAUUCCUGCCAUUCCUAUCCCCACUCCCCUUACUGCUGGGCUUUGCUGGAGCACUGCCACAAUGGAACCAAUUUCUUCACUGGGGAGACUGGGGUUCGGUUGGAUUACAUUGCCCUCCACAAGAAGGGUGGUGGAGGAUCCCUUCCCAUUCUGCAGCAGGAAGUUGAGACAGUGAAAGAAAUUCAGGAGCGAUUUCCAUCAUUCAGAUCUCUACCAGUGUACAAUGAUGAGGCAGACCCUUUGGUGGGCUGGUCUAAACCCCAGGACUGGAGGGCAGAUGUGACGUACGCUGCCAUGGUGGUGAAGGUGAUAUCUCAGCACCAGGAUCUGAUCAUCGGUGACCCAGACUCUACCAUACACUAUGCCCUCCUGAGCAACGACAAUGCCUUCCUGAGCUACCAUCCCAAUCAAUUUACGCAGCGCACGCUAACUGCCCGGUUUCAGGUCAACAACACUCAGCCUCCACAUGUACAAUUGCUGAGGAAACCAGUCCUCACUGUUAUGGGCCUUCUGGCUCUGCUAGGAGAGACUCAGGUGUUUUCCUAUAUUGUUCUGGAGGGGUCUGCCACAGAUGACACCAUAGGGGUCCUGGCCAGUACCCACAAGUCCCCUGUCCCUGGGACUUCUGACAGCUGGCAGUCAGCCAUACUGGUCUACAGUAGCAAGGACAACCACACUGUCCCCUCUGCCAACCAUGUCACGCUCCAGCUCAGCGGGUUCUCGGGUCAGAAGGACCUGGUGUACAUUACCUACUACCUGGACAACAACAGCUCCAACCCAUACCAGCUGUGGCAGAGCUUUGGGAGUCCAGAUUACCCCACAGCCAAGCAGUUCCAGCAGCUACGCAAUCUGGGGGAGCCACAAGUGCGAGGGCCCCUUCCUUUCCCCUCGGAGGGAACACUGACCCUGAAGGUGGAACUUCCUGUGCCAGCAGUUCUCCUUGUACAUGUGUGUGCCCGCCCAAAGGCAACACCAGAACAGGUGAAUGGGUUACGCUUCAUAGCUGUCACCAAAGGACAGGUUCUGGUUGUGUGGUCAGAUCGUUCUGUCCGUUCAAGAUGCAUUAAAACUUAUGAAGUGGAAUUUUCUACCGAUAACAGAAAAUUUCGGAGGAUUAAUACACAGGACAGUAUAUUCACAUCAUAUGUGUUUGCCCCAGAGAACCUGGAUGUUUGUGGCUUCUACAGAGUGCGUGCAGUGGAUUACUGGGGUAGGCCAGGGGAGUACUCACAAAGUGAGAAAUUCUGUGGGAAGCACUGACUGGCCACAUCGACAGUUACCAUGUUUACUAUGCAGCAACAAUGGCAUUUGUUUCACUGAAAGGAAACUGCACUUUUAAAUCUGUAGAGCUUUAUUUUUGAUUGUUUUUGUGAAUACUUAAGCGCUUAAUUUUUGUUAAUUUUCAUUUAAAGUAAUUGUGUGUGUAUCUGUGUUUUGUUGCCUCUGUUCACCUUCUCAGAUUUUGUAUAACUGACUUAUUUUUAUGUCUAAUUUCUGGUUGUAUUUUGACCUCUACCCCAGAUGAA